UUACAUUUCAUUGAAGUAAGCGUCAUAAAAAGAACGAAACCGUACGAAACAGAUGAUAGCGUGUUGAUUGAUAUUUUUUAAUACCAGAGGUCAAACAUUAUGACUAUUUUGAUUGUAAUACGAGAAACUUAGUGUCUGAACACAAUGGCUGCAGUUGAAAACGGUGACAACAAUUUUGAAUUGUUUGUUGAAAAAGCGCCUGAAACCAGGUCUGGUACAAAACCUAAGGUAUAUAAGGAUGGACAAUACAGUGACCCUGUGUUUAAAAAGCUGUCAAAGAUUAAUGGAGAAGUCAACAAACUCAACAAGAGGGAGUUACAGUCCAAGUUGAAGGAAUUUGGCCUUGACACUAGGGGCCUUAAAGAAGUGUUGAAGAAACGAUUAAAGAAUUUUUACAAGAAAAGGAACAUUCAGAAAUCUCGAGUCCGUGUGACAGGUAAAACUGGUUAUGAUUACUUGGCUGUGAUAGACUUUGAGGCAACUUGUGAAGAGAACUAUCCCAGCUACAGACAUGAGAUUAUUGAAUUCCCUGUCGUACUGGUGGAUGUGGACAAAAUGGAAAUUGUUGCCAAAUUCCAGGAGUAUGUGCGGCCAUUGCUCAACCCUAAACUAUCCAGCUUUUGUACCAGUUUGACAGGGAUCACUCAGGAAAAAGUGGACCAGGCAGAUCCCUUUGUGGAUGUCCUUGCCAAGGUGGAGGCAUGGUUCUCACAGCAUGGCCUCGGUCAAGAGAAGACGUUUGCUGUGCUCACAGAUGGGCCAUGGGACAUGUUCAGGUUCAUGUUCUACCAGUGUCAGGAAAGCCGUAUAGAGAUGCCUGCAUGGUCUAAGGUCUGGAUAAACAUUCGCAAGGCCUACUGUAAUUUCUACAACUGCGGUCGCGGAGGAAUAGAGAUCAUGCUCCAUAAUCUGGGUAUGAAAUUUGAAGGCUCGCCACACAGUGGCAUCGAUGAUGCAGUAAACAUAGCGCGCAUAGCGAUUAAGAUGCUCUGCGACGGUUGCUGCCUGUCUCUCAACGAGCAGAUCCAGAUCAAGGUCGACCCUCGAGACUCGAAACGCGAGGCCCGUUAUGUGGUGUACCACGAGCCUCGCAAAUCACGUGCUGCGAGAGACUGUGAUGAAAACAGUGAGGGAGAAGCUGCGGAGGAAAUUGACGGUGAUUACGGUGGAGAUUACUCAGGGGAGAUAAAUCAUGAGAUGGAGAGGUUACACAUUGAUAUGAGUGAGGUUGACGAUGGGGUGGACGAUCUGCUGAGUUACUACAAGCUGCAGAAGUCUUGAAGGCGUACAUAACAUGUCCUGUAGUCAACUUAUACAUAGACUUACGACCAAGGAUAAACACAUUUUCCUUAUAUUUGGAAAAGUAAUGUUAGGUUGAGUAAGGAUUGAAAAUAAUCAGGGGACUUCUAGCAAAUUGUACCUAAAAUGUGUUGCAUAAUUGCAUUUUAAGAUUAAGCCUAUGAAUUCUGCCUGUUUUUUUUUCAACUAGUGUUUUAAAAUAAUAAGUGGAAAUAUUUUGUGUCAGUUGUGUUUCUAAGAUAUUUAUUUCAAUAUUCAAGAUUUUGAUGGGUCAUAAUUAUUUGAGCAAAGUGGCGCAAUAACAUGUCUUAUGCCAUAUGCACCUAGUAGCACCAGGAGUAGUAGGAGCUUCCUUGUCCGCUGAUUAGACAGUGCAGGCUGGUCUAAAGGUACGCUGGCUGCAUAUUGCAUAAGACUCACUCCUGCAUAACCCAGCUCAUUUUUGUCCCCUACCCGUGAAACCGGAGGGGACUUAUGGUUUGCGCUCUAUCUGUCUGUCAGUCAGUCUGUCACACUUUUCUGGAUCCUGCGAUAACUUUAAAAGUUCUUCAUAUAUUUUUCAUGAAACUUGAAACACGGAUAGAUGGCAAUAUGGAGAUUAUGCACAGCAUGUCAUUUUGUUCCUACGUCAAGAAUUCUGGUUGCUAUGGCAACAAAUAAAAAAAAAAUACUGACAAUGGUGGAGUUUCACCGUUAGGUAACAAUAUUGCUUGGCAAUCUCUUGUUACACCUACAAUAAGGUUGUACCAUAAUACAAAAUGUUUGUCUUUAUACUGGUAUAUGGCCUGGUCAUAUCUCAUGAUAAAAAUAUUUCAUACCAGAAGAGAAUAAUGUACAGUUAGCUAUAAUAUUUUCAAUGUUUCUUCCCAAAAUAAUAAUCUUUUUCAUGCUUAGCUGUUUUAUUCUUAUGUGAUACCGGUAUUACGAUAUAUACAUGUAGUUGAUUUCUCUACCACCAAUUUUGUAUUCACUCUACUUAUUUUAUAUUGUAUAAAUGAUGUAGAAAGCCCAAUUGUACUUUAAUAAUGUGUUUGUUUAGUGCAUGGCAACAUGGUGCUGUUUAAUAAGCAAUUGAAUGCUGUUGCCAAUUGGAAUUAUUUUUCUUUUCUAUGUUUAUUGCACGCCUUCAAAUGACAUAGACAACUUAUGUACUUGCAUUAAGCAUUAUUCUGUGAAAGUUAAUUAGAAUUACAUUUGUAGUACUAGUUUAUUAAAAAAAUAACAUAAUGCUAUGGACUUACAUAAGCAUUCAAAAUAUCUUCCAACAAUAAAUUACCUAUUAAAGUAAUAACUUAUUUGUGAUUUAUCUAAAUUUUGCAAUUAUGCUAAUGCUAAAUGCUCUCUAAAUUAUCCUUUUUUCAUAAGGGACCUAAAUGAUGGCCUUUAUCAGUAAACUUUUAGAUUCUGCAGAUUGCAUUGUUUUAUUUAAUUGAAUUAUAUCUCAUUAAAGUCAUGAAUAUUCUGUGAAAUCUUGUAUUGGGCAGUUGUUUCUUUGACUUUUUUCCCAGCACUUUUAAUUUGAUAUUUCUCAAUAACAGAUAGGGGUGUUCACUGUUGUUAUAUUAAACAAAGGCUGAAUACUUUUUCUCUAAAAUACUUAAAGGGGAGAUUAAGACCAAAAUAUCAUGGUUUUGCACAUUGCUUCUCUUAGCUUUCACCCUGCUGGCUUCUGGAUUGUUAGCUCCAUCUGUGAAAUUAAAUAUGCGUUUGUAAGUAUUCACUGGUAGAUAAUAAUUAUAAGAAUUGAGGCAGGACUUGUCUUGGAUUUAGUAUUUGAAAGAAAAUUUUGCUAGACUAGCUGGGCUUUAAACCCUCUUUUUUUUAGCAGUCCAAUAUGCCUUUUGUUAUCAAGAUAUGUCGCUAUUCAUUUACAAUUCAUUUACAGUGUUGUAUAUGAGUGUUUAUCAGUGGCACUUUAGUAACAGUAUAUGCAUGGGUAACCGAAGUACAUGUCAAGCUCAUACUGCUUUAUUGUAAAAUCUAGCUCUGCAAAAUUUACCAUGUACUACAACACUGAGAACAUUUUAACUAUUCAACUACUAUUUUAUGUGAUUUAUGAUCUAUACAGUACACCUAUGAAUAUUUGCAACGUUUUGGAAAGAAUUGAUGCAUGUAUAUUACAAUAAUUAACAUCUUACAUUGCAAGUUCAAAAUAUGAGAAAUAAAGAUAAUACAACAAUUUCUAUUUUGAAUAUGAAUAUACAACGUGAAUGUUUUGAAUAGUAUAAGGUUUGUGUUGGGUCACAUUUUGCAAUUGCAUAAAUUCUGUAGUUAAAGUCUUAAGCACAUCAGGUCAAAUCAUAAGGGCAUCAAAGGCGUCUUUUGUGUGAUAGGCUGCAUUCUCAACAUCAGGGAGCAUUAAAAUGUACAUCUAUAUCACCAUAUUACGUGUUGACUUUGUGUAUGUGCUGCCUCGUGUUGUACCUGUUUUUAGCUCACCUGAGCACAACGUGCUCAUGGUGAGCUUUUGUGAUCGCUUUUUGUCCGUCUGUUGUCCGUUGUGCGGCUUCAACAUUUGCCUUGUUAACUCUCUAGAGGCCACAUUUAUUGUCCAAUCUUUAUGAAAUUUGGUCAGAAGAUUGGUUUCAAUGAUAUCUUGGAUUAAUUCGAAAAUGGUAACGUUUGCUUGAAAAACAUGGCUGCCAAGAGGCUUGGCAUUUUUCCUUAUAACACUCUAGUGGCCACAGUUAUUGUCUGAUCUUCAUAAAACUUGGUCAGACGAUUCAUCCCAAUAAUAUCUUGGACGAGUUCGAAAAAGAUGCCGGUUGGUUGAAAAACAUGGCCGCCAGGGGGCAGGGCAUUUUUCCUUAUAUGGCUAUAGUAAAACCUUGUUAACACUCUAGAGGCCACAUUUAUUUUCUGAUCUUCAUGAAACUUGCUCAGAAGAUUUGUCCCACUGAUAUCUUGGAUGAGUUCAAAAAUGGUAACCUUUCCUCGAAAAACAUUGCUGCCAAGGGGCGGGGCAUUAUUCCUUAUAUGGCUAUAUAUGGCUAUAGUAAAAUCUUGUUAACACUCUAGAGGCCACAUUUAUUGUCCAAUCUUCAUGAAACUUUGUCAGAAGAUUAUCCCAAUAUUAUCUUGGACGAGUUUGAAAAUGAUGCCGGUUGGUUGAAAAACAUGGCCACCAGGGGGCGGGGCAUUUUUCCUUAUAUGGCUAUAGUAAAACCUUGUUAACAUUCUAGAGGCCACAUUUAUUUCCAAUCUUGAUGAAAUAUGGUCAGAAGAUUUGUCUUAAUAAUAUCUUGGAUGAGUUCGAAAAUGGUUACGUUUGCUUGAAAAACAUGGCUUCCAAGGGGCGGGGCAUUUUUCCUUAUAUGGCUUUAUAAGGCUAUAGUAAAAUCUUGUUAACACUCUAGUGGCCACAUUUAUAGUCCGAUCUUCAUGAAACUCGGUAAGAAGAUUCAUCCCAAUAAUAUCUUGGACGAGUUCAAAAAUGAUGCCGGUUGGUUGAAAAACAUGAACACCACGGGGGCGAGGCUAUUUUUCUUAUAUGGCUAUAGUAAAACCUUGUUAACACUCUAGAGGUCACAUUUAUUUUCCGAUCAUCAAGAAACUUGGUCAGAAGAUUUGUCUCAAUUAUAUCUUGGAUGAGUUCGAAAAUGGUUUUAGUUGCUUUAAAAACAUGGCCACCAGGGACGGGGCAUUUUUCCUUAUAUGGCUAUAGUAAAACCUUGUUAACAUUCUAGAGGCCACAUUUAUUUCCAAUCUUCAUGAAAUUUGGUCAGAAGAUUGGUCUCAAAUGAUAUCUUGGAUUAGUUCGAAAAUAUAUAUGUUUGCUUGAAAAAAAAAUGGCUUCCAAGGGGCGGGGCAUUUUUCCUUAUAUGGCUAAAGUAAAAUUUGUUAACACUCUUGAGGCCACAUUAAUUUUACUGUCCAAUCUUCAUGAAACUUGGUCAGAAGAUUCAUCCCGAUAAUAUCUUGGACAAGUUCAAAAAUGAUGCAGGUUGGUUGAAAAACAUGGCUGCUUGUGGGUGGGGCAUUUUUCCUUAUAUGGCUAUAGUAAAACCUUGUUAACACUCUAGAGGCCACAUUUAUUUUCCGAUCUUAGUGAAACUUGGUCAGAAGAUUUGUCCCAAUAAUAUCUUGUUAUCUCAGGUGAGCGACGUUGGGCCUUUCAGGCCCUCUUGUUUUUAUAAUAAGAUCAAUCACAGUUGUUGAUAAAGUUGGUUCGCCAUUGAUUUGUUGUUACAUACAAUAACUAUAACAAUUAUAAACACAGCCUAAAUUUGACCAUAUUUAGUCUGUAAAUGAAAUGUUUCUGUUUCAAUAUUGUAUGUUAUACUUAUUUGUUUACAUGUUACAUAUGAGCAGCAUCAAGCAGAAAUGGUGUGACUUUAUUCCUGAUAAGUCUGUGAAUGUGCGGCCUGGGACAAGCUUUGAAAAUGUGUUUCUCCAAUCUCUAAGAUAACAAAUAAAUAUCCUCCCAAAUAACGAGGAAUCUCGAACACAGACUUCGCGUUUUAAAACAAGUUACUAACAUAAAAAUAUAUCAAUACCGUAAAUACAUUUCGAAGUAUUAUAACUCAUAGAGACCACAGUUUACUUUUAGAAUGUUGUUUACCAUUAUUAUAGAUUAAAUCAUAUAUAGCAUUAAUUGUUAAAGAUGUAAUUAUUAAUAAGUGGGAAAAAAUUGAACAAUAAAACUAUUUAUUAGCAUAAAUAGUUAAUUCAUAAUUGAUUUAUUCGAAAUUCAAUAAAAUUCUUAGAUCAAUAAUUUGUGUUCAGGCUAGUUAAUCUGCUUGAAGUAACAAUUAAGCGCUGUUUGUAGAAGUUGCUCUUUAAAAAGUAUUUUAAUCGACAUUUUAUACAAUCGGAAAAGUUGAUAUGAGCUCGACAGAAUUUCACUUUUAUCUUGUGGUCUAUUUAUAAAAAAAUAUGCAGACAUUUUCCAUUUAUAUUUUAUAAUUUUCAUAAAUUCAAUGACAUCAAAACAAAUAAUAGACUUGAAGAACGGAUAAUAUGGGUUUAAUAACUGCCCCAGCAUUGAGUUGCAGCAUUGAACUUUCCUUUUAUAGAAAAUUGUCUUUUGUGUAGGCUACAUUAAAUAGCAAUUUCUCUAUAUGAAUGAAAAUGACAUUAUGAUAAUAACAUAGUAUCACUAAAAUAAUGUAUGAACUUGCUUCUUGAAUAUACCAAUAUACCAUACAUGUGGAUCAUCUGCAUUUUCUAAUUAUGAAUUUCUAUCUGCACUCCGAACGUAUCCAAGGGUUAUCGGUAUACAUUAAACGAUUGUUGAAUGUUUUCAUUUCCCAAAUUCUGGCAAUUUGCGCUAUUCGAUUGGGGGAGCUAGUCAACUCGUACCUUAGUCAACUCGUACCUUCGGUCAACUCGUACCCGAUUUGGUCAACUCGUACCCGAUUUUUGGUCAACUCGUACCCCCACUAGUCAACUCGUACCCGAAUUGGUCAACACGUACCCUCCUAAAAAUUAUUUAUAUAUAUCAAAGACGUGAAAUAUGUUUUUGAUAUGAAUAUAGAUAAAGGUUAUAAAAAAAAAUGUUUUUUUUUUCAAAAGUAGAGUAGUAGACAAGUUCAUUAUUUUUCACACGUGUAUAAAUAUAAAGGACGUGUUUGUCGGCGUUUUGUUUGAUAAAAUGUUGACUUAUAACACCUUUAUGACAACAGGACCGUCGGCGAUUUGUUAAACAAUUUGUUUGUCGUGCAUCUAAAAUGACACGCGCGGUAGUUGUCUGCAUUUUUUUUGAUAAAAUGUUUGAUUGUAAACACUGCAUGAUGACUUAACCAAUUAAAGGUAUGAUCCACUUUGAAGUUAAAGGAUAUAAUAAACUAUUUGGAACUGGUGAGUAUGUUAAGUCUAAAUUAUAAUGUACACAAUAUAAAGUGCAUCAUUUAUUAUUUUAUAUAUAAGCUGUAUAUAUUAAAUUUAUAAAUUAUUUGUACAUUCAUAUGUGUAUUAUAAUCAUUAAGAUUAUGAGAUUUUGAGUGUAACUUCUUGCGUUGUGUAUGGUUCUUUCAUUCAGCAAUAUAUAACCACCGUCUGUCGGAUUAUCUAAUUUAUUGUAAUCUUGUCGAUCCCUGCAUAGGCAAAUAAAUUUAAAAUUCAUAUAAACAUCAUUAAAUCUUAAUAAAAACAUCAUCAAUAUUCAAUUUACUAAACUGAUCAACUUCCAAUAAUUCUCGCGUGUAUUGCGCUGUGUGAAGUAGCAACUGGCCUUUAUUGAUCAAUGUCGAUUAAUUAAGAGAUUAAAGAGAUAACGGUCUGUGUUAAUUGAUUGAUUGAGUGUCGUAUUAACCUAAUAUAGUUAACAUUGAGAACAAUUACUAAAUCAUAUAGAAAUUAGUUAUGUAGAAUAUGAUUAUUAAGUUGAAACUAUUAUCCUAAAGAGUAUACUAAAUAUUGAUGCAUGCAUAAAUCAUCUUUAUAAAACAGAACUGUUAUUAUUAAUUUUUUUAGAAAUUAUCUUUAAUAUGAUUUUUAAUAUGAUUAUUAGCGUAUGAUUUAGUAAAUAAACAUAAAUUAUGUAAAUAAAACAGAGCAGUAUAUUUUAAAUUUUGUAGAAAUUGGCCUCAAAGAAAAUGUUCAAUUAUAAUAAAAACAUUAAGGUAUAAGAUUAUUAUUAUUUAAUUAUAUAAAUAUUAAAAUGGUAAGCAGCGCAACUUAAAGGCCAAUUUUGUAAAUUAUGUGAACGGUCUCCAAAUGGAGAGAUAAAACGUCAAUUUAUAUUAAAACUUGUAUAAGCAAACCAAAAAUGACCGAUAUAUACGAUAAAUUACGUCUUCGGUGAUAGGUUUCUCUUCCGCAAUUGACAAAGUAACACGACUAAAUGUACGUUAGAGUAAGAGUAUCUUUGCUUGAUGUAUUAAUUCAAUACAUUAUUUAAUUAGAAUUUCAUACGGAUGGAUUUGAACGGAUUUUGUAAUAUAUUGUUGAUUAACUUUUGGACUUGGAUGUAUUGGACUUUGAAACAUUAUGUAAAGUACUGAAUAAAGAACACAGAACUAUCAA